AUGGCGACUGAAGCAGGAGAAUCAACGAUUCGACCUGAAACGGAUCAUCGGCAAGCUGAAGAGGACCUAGACUCAGCCUACGGCGAUGAAAUUGCAAGCGAGACUGUGUCGUUGACGUCUUCCAUCACCAGAUACCGGUUUGAGAAUGGACGGCGGUAUCACGCAUACAACGAUGGCGCAUACUGGGGUCCCAAUGAUGAGACGCAGAAUGAGCAACUCGACAUCGCACAUCACGUCUUCUACCUCCUCUUCGAUGGCAAGCUCUUUCUGGCCCCCAUCGGCUCCAGUCCGCAGGAAGUGCUCGACGUGGGCACCGGCACUGGGAUCUGGGCCAUCGACUUCGCCGACCAAUUCCCCUCCGCAAUAGUGACCGGGACGGAUCUAUCGCCCAUUCAACCAACCUGGGUUCCCCCGAAUUGCCGCUUUGAGAUCGAAGAUUGCAUGGACGAGUGGAGUUUUGAUCCGGAUCGUUUCGACUAUAUCCACGUGCGCUGCCUUUUCGGUUCGGUCGCAGAAUGGCCCGCCUUCUACCAACAAGUGUAUGCCCACCUGAGGCCGGGAGGCUGGUUCGAGCAGGUGGAGUACAGUGUCGAUUGGAUUGCGGACGACGAUUCCAUUCCUGAAGGGCACAUCUUCCGUAAAUCCUCCGAGCUGUACGUCGAAGCCGGGGAAAGGAAUGGGAAGACAUUCCGGAUUCUCGACCUCCAGAAGGAUUAUGUCCAACAGGCAGGGCUGAUCAACGUGACCGAGAGGCGAUAUAAAAUGGCCCUUGGGCCGUGGCCGAAAGAUGAGAAACAGAAGGAGAUAGGACGAUGGCAUCUCUUCGAGGCUGAUCGAGGGCUCGAGGGAUGGACAUUGGCACUCUUCACGCGCGUUUUAGGCUGGACUCUUGAAGAGGUGCAAGUAUUCCUCGCACAGGUGCGACAGGGAUUCAGAGACAGGAGCGUUCAUGCAUAUACGAGAGUCUCGGUCGUCUACGGGCAGAAGCCGCUCGGAUAG